GAAACUGGCAGGAAGGGGUAAGGAGCUACACAUGUCACAUGUGCUUUCUAAGACGGCCAGGAGCAUCUGCAGGCUGGAUCUGGUGGAGGAUGCUGCGGCAGGUGAUACACAGAGGGCUCCAGUCGUUUUUCUACAAGCUGGGCUUAUUCGUGAGCAGGCAUCCGGUGUUUUUCCUCACUGUGCCCGCAGUCCUGACCAUCAUCUUCGGCUUCAGCCUGCUCAACCGCUUCCAGCCUGACACUGACCUGGAGAGCCUGGUAGCCCCCAGCCACAGCCUGGCCAAGAUCGAGAGGAGCUUAGCCAGCAGCCUUUUCUCCCUCGAUCAAUCCAAAAGCCAGCUGUAUUCGGACUUGCACACCCCGGGGAGGUAUGGCAGGGUGAUUCUCCUCUCCAAACCCGGAGGCAAUAUUUUGCAUCAGGCUGAUGUGAUCCUGCAGAUCCACCGAGCCGUGCUGGAAAUGAAGGAUGGAAGGAGCAGCUUCAUUGGCCACCAGCUGGGAGGGGUGAUGGAGGUGCCCAACAGCAAGGACCAGAGAGUCAAAUCAGCCAGAGCCAUCCAGAUCACUUACUACCUCCAAACAUAUGGCUCUGUCACCCAGGACCUCAUUGGGGAGAAGUGGGAGAGCGAGUUCUGCAAACUGAUGCACAAGAUGCAGCUGGAUCACCAGGACCUGCAGCUCUACUCACUAGCAUCCUUCAGCCUCUGGAAGGACUUCCACCAGACCAGUCUUUUGGCCAGGGGCAAGAUUUUGGUGAGCCUGAUGCUGAUUCUGCUGACUGCUACCCUCUCGAGCUCCAUGAAGGACUGCCUGCGUAGCAAGCCUUUCCUGGGACUGCUGGGAGUGCUCACUAUCUGUAUUUCCAGUGUCACUGCUGCAGGGAUAUUUUUCAUUACUGAUGGAAAAUAUAAUUCCACUCUGUUGGGAAUCCCUUUCUUCGCUAUGGGUCAUGGAACCAAGGGGGUGUUUGAGCUUCUUUCAGGAUGGCGCCGGACCAGGGAGAACCUGCCCUUCAAGGACCGAGUGGCAGAUGCUUACUCAGAUGUCAUGGUCUCCUACACCAUGACAAGCUCCUUGUACUUCAUAGCCUUCGGCAUGGGGGCCAGCCCUUUCACCAACAUCGAAGCUGUCAAAGUCUUCUGCCAGAACAUGUGUGUCUCCAUCCUGUUGAACUACUUCUACAUCUUCUCUUUCUUUGGCUCCUGCCUGGUCUUUGCUGGCCAGCUGGAGCAGAACCGGUACCACAGCAUCUUCUGCUGUAAAAUCCCCUCUGCAGAAUACCUGGACAGGAAACCUGUGUGGUUCCAGACCAUGAUGAAUGACGGCCAUCAGCACACUUCCCACCACGAGACCAACCCGUACCAGCACCACUUCAUCCAGCAUUUCCUCCGGGAGCACUACAACGAGUGGAUUACCAACAUCUACGUCAAGCCAUUUGUGGUGAUCCUGUAUCUCAUCUAUGCCUCUUUCUCCUUUAUGGGGUGCUUACAGAUUAAUGAUGGAGCCAACAUCAUCAACCUUCUUGCCAGUGAGUCCCCGAGCGUCUCCUACGCCCUCAUACAGCAAAAGUAUUUCAGCAACUACAGCCCCGUGAUAGGAUUCUACAUCUAUGAACCUCUGGAGUACUGGAAUGGUACUGUGCAAGAGGACCUGAAAACACUCAGCCAGGGCUUCAACACUGUGUCCUGGAUUGAACAGUAUUACCAAUACCUUCGGGUGGGUAACAUCAGUGCAACCAACAAAAGUGACUUUAUCAGCAUCCUCCAGAGCUCCUUUUUAAAAAAGCCAGAAUUCCAGCACUUUAAAAAUGACAUCAUUUUCUCCAAAGCUGGAGAUGAGAACAACAUAAUUGCUUCUCGUUUGUACCUUGUGGCCAGGACUAGUGAAAACACACAGAGGGAAGCAGUGGAAUUGCUGGAGAAGCUGAGGCCACUUUCUCUUAUACAGAGCAUCAAGUUCAUUGUGUUCAACCCUACUUUUGUUUUCAUGGACCACUAUGGUUUAUCAGUAACUAUGCCUGUCCUGAUUUCUGGUUUUGGCAUCCUGCUGGUGUUAAUACUGACCUUUUUCCUGGUUAUCCACCCUCUGGGAAAUUUCUGGUUAAUUCUCAGCGUCACCUCAAUAGAGCUGGGUGUCCUUGGCUUGAUGACCUUAUGGAAUGUAGACAUGGAUUGCAUUUCUAUACUGUGCCUUAUCUACACUUUGAAUUUUGCCAUAGAUCACUGUGCACCCCUGCUUUAUACAUUUGUAUUAGCUACUGAGCACACCCGGACUCAGUGUAUAAAGAACUCCCUCCAAGAGCAUGGGACAGCCAUUUUGCAGAACGUUUCUUCCUUUCUUAUUGGGUUGGUCCCCCUUCUCUUUGUGCCUUCAAACUUGACCUUCACACUGUUCAAAUGCUUGCUGCUUGCCGGCAGUUGCACACUUCUGCACUGUUUUGUUAUUUUGCCAGUCUUUCUAACCUUUUUCCCACCUUCCAAAAAGCACCACAAGAAAAAGAAACGGGCCAAAAGGAAGGAACGAGAAGAGAUCGAAUGCAUAGAGAUUCAGGAGAAUCCUGAUCAUGUUACAGCAGUCUGAAAGGCUUAGAAAAAUAUAAUAGUAUAUUCUCUUUUUAAAAAAGCGUUGCACAGAGAUGCAGGGAAGAUAGAGCAAAGAUCUCAGCUGCUUGUGCUGGCCAGGUCUGACAAGGCAAAGGAAGAUCAAGAAGGGGUAUUCAUGACACCUCAAGGUGCAAACUUUUUUUAACAAAAAUAAUGAAAGUGAAAUAAUUACAAAUGUUUCCUUUGAAUCCUCAUUCUCCACCAGGGAAGGGUCUGUUGGUCAUUAAGUGUUCCUGAGUCUCAAACUGUAGCUCUAAUGGGAAUUGCUUAUUAUGUCAUAUGUAGGACUAAAACUAAGGUGAAAAAAAAAGAGUUACCAUUAAGUAAACAGUAGGGGAAAAGGCAGAUUUGCUUGAAAAAUUGUCCAUGGAAGAAAACUAAACAAUAUUUCGAAAGAGAAAAGGUUACAAGACCAAGAGAAAUUGAAAAUGCCAUGGUAAUUUUUUAUUUUCUUGAGCAAGUUAGUUAAGAUGAAACCUAUGCACUUGGGAAGUAAAUGUUUAAAACUAUCUAAGCCAAAGUACUUCCCAAAUCCAGUAUAUCUUGUAUAUCUGUAACACCACAAUUAGAGCAGUAUUGCAAAUAUGGCAAAGGGAUAGAGGUACUAUUUAUAAAUGAAAAUAAAUAAUCAUAGCCAUUUGGAAAUCUAACAUUUAGUUCCUUUAAAUGUGAUAUAUCACUGUUUUCCCAGGAGGACACAGCUGGUAGUUAAUACCACACACAUAUUUUGGUAUUUAUGAAUUUUGAAUUUCCCCUUGAAUUAACAGAUCUCACAAAACUAACCCAGGCCAUGGUCACUGCAGCACUGUUUGCAGUUCCUGCAGUGUAGCACUUCUGAAUCCUAAUUUAUCAGUGUUGACAUCAAAUACUGAAUAUUAAUCAAGCAGGAGCUGGAAAGGCAAUGAUGGAUUGCAUUUCACAGGCACAAUGUAACCAUGUAGCAGCUGAGUCAGCUCUGGAGCACCUGCACAGUAUUAUCAUUGUAUAUUUGGUCCAAGGGAUGAAGGGAUAUGUUUGCUGGUCCCUGCAAUAUGCUGCAGGAAGUGGGAUUUUCCCCUUCUUUAAGCAAAACAUUAUUCAAAAAACUUGCCGCACUCU